AUGAGAAGCGCACAAUUUCCACUUUUCAUAUCACCAUUAUCUUUUUGCAUUAUCGGUGCACUAGCAUUACUAGCAAUGUCGCAAAGAUGUGCUCCGAGCAUUAACAGAAAUAACUUAAAUCAUGAAGAUGGUGAUGACGGUAACAUAAACGAUAAUGGUGACAAUAAUGUUAAUGGUGACGAUGGCAAUAUCAACAACGUUAAUGACAACAAUAAUUUUCUCCAGCAGCAAAGAUAUGAUGAAGCUCUUUCCAUUGAAGGCUUAUCUUGGGAUAAUAUUACGGAAGAGGAGAGAGAUAUUCUUAUGUCAUUGCUACUUAACCGAUAUAUUAAUGCAUCAAUGCUACCGUGGAAUAAUGAUGGUAUACCUGUUGUGGUCAAUGUUAUUAGAAGUGCUUUACCUCGCAAUUAUGGCCAAUUUAUCGGCUAUACUGGCCUAUUGGAGCAUUGA